CCUCAUCAACAGCCUAUCAAAAUCAAAGUUUCUUCACAUUUUUCCUGUAACAGUUACAAUAAGGUUUCUAUCGUUAACAUUUGCAAAAAAAAUAAAUAAAAUAAUAAUAAAAAAUCCUGAUUUGGUAACAUUAACAUUUACUAAUUAAUUAAUAAAAUGAAAUGUUAUAUCUGUUGGAUUCACAACUAAUGGUAACAAAGAAUACACAUGUAUUGCGUAUUGUUAGUUAAUGCAUAAAGUAACGUUAACUAAUUGAACCUUAUUGUAUAAUGAUACCGAUUUUCAUCAGUUUGUUAUGUUGAUUUCAUGUAUAAAGACAAACAAUUGAAUUGUCUUGAAUAAAUAAAUGUGUCUGAAUGAAAACCACAAAUGUAGACGUAUAGAAAUGUGUGGGAGUUUAUUGGGACUACAAUCACGUUGUGCCACAGGUGCAUCACUGCAGAUGUCUCAAGAUGAUGGAGAGACAAAAAGAGAACUAAAUACUAUCGCACCACGCAGGAGGAAGGCGAAGUGUACCGUGGAUUUCGGACAGUUUUUAGCUUUUAUAAGUGCUGUGAAGUGAGUCUUUUCAGCAUGUGGAUUUUUCUAUUUUUCCUCUCCCACAUCUUCACAGGUGAGUGAACAUUCGCUUAUCUUUCGUGAGGAAACGAGUAACUAAAGACUGAGGUCCAGUGAUGUUUGGACUGACUUGUGUUAUUGAUUCAGUUGAUCAUGUGAUGUCACAUCCUGUCUGAUUCCUGAUUUCCAGUGGUGUCUAUGAAUCCUCUUACUGCUCCGGCGGGAGGAGACGUCACAUUUCAUUGUUCACAUCUGGCAGUCGACAGACUUUUAAUGGACACUUACACGUAUGUGACUCUACAUGUGUUUGAGGGUAAGUUAUUAAUAGAUAGAUAGAUAGAUAGAUAGAUAGAUAGUUUUUUUUUCAUUGUGAACUCACUUUUUUUAGUAAAAAUGUUUGUUUAGAGUUGAAAUUGUCCUUUCAGAGGUAGGUUGUAGUUAAAAGUAUUUCUGAAAAGUUUGCUUUGCUUCAUUUACAGUCAAAUAUAUUAAACAUAUUUUAUUAUUCAGAUGCUUUGAAAGAAUGCAUGUUUAAAAAAAGCCAUGUAAGUAUCCUACUCGCUUCAGACUUGCCGAUUGUUUUACUUCUGUUUCUUAAAUGUCUGGAAACUUGAAUUUCUCACUUAUGAAAACCAAAAACAGGAAACGUGAUAAACAAAACCCAUUUCUUUUAUAGCAGCAUAUUAUGUAUUCAUAUUUCUAUUAUCCAGUCUCUACACUAAGGCCUGCUCCAGCAAGUUCAUCCAGAUCACCUGCAAAACAAACAACUAGAGAUGCAACAGAGAAUAAGGGAACAUCAAUCCCAAAGCGGUCGACUGCAAACUCUUCACCAGAAACCAUGCAGAGAUCAGCACGGUCUGAUCCUCUGGUUUAUGUCGGAGCCGGUCUUGGUGCUCUGGUGCUGAUAUUUACAGUCGUCCUCUUCAUAUUUAUCAAACUGAAGCAGAAGAGACGCUCCUCUGGUUUGACAUCGUCUGCACAUCGACCUGAUUCUCUGACUUAUACCUCACCUACUGCCAGUGCACAAUCAGACAGUCUGAACUAUUCCUCCGGGCAGUUUAUCAGAAAACCCAGAUGCAGUGUGAAAACCUGUGAGAUGUUUGAAAUAAAUCCAAAUGAAUGGGCAGAAACAGUUUAUUCACCUGUUCGAACUCAACACCAGUCACACAUCACUGAUCCAAACUCAGUCAUCUAUUCCAGUCUUUGUAAGGGACUGUAGAUUAGGUCGAUUUGACAAGUGCACUCUUAAUUUAGAGUUUGAAUGUCUUUCUAUUGUUAUCAGUGCUGCACUGCAUACAGAUAGAGGUGUUUGCUAGAACAUUUUAUGUGUCUACAUGAAUAUGUUUAUACAGUGUAAGUCAGCUAAAUGUCCUUCAGGUACAUAUGGCAUUUCCCAACCCUAUGUUACAAGGUAUUUAAAGGAGAGGUUUGUAAUUUCUGGAUACUAAAACACUUUCAUAUCCAGUUAAUCUGCAGAAGUAAGCCAUACAUAGACUUUCAAAAUGUGCCUUUCACAAGUUAGAGAGUUACAAACCUGGAGAGUAAACAGAUAUAUGAUUGAUCAUACUCUUGUGUUACUAUUAUCAUUUGGUACUAUUAUGGUACUAUUACUAUUAUAUGACUAUUAGCAUAUUAGAACUUGACUGAUUCAUUAUCAUUAUUGUCAUUUAUUGUUUGUUUGAUGCAAUGACAUUCACACAUUUUUAAGUGUGAGUGAAGCAUCAAAAUACUCUCUGAGGGCACAUAAAAUCAUAGUAUUGUUAAAAAAUUGUAUGCAUUAGAUCUGUUCUGAUAUUGGUUUGAUAUGUACAGUAAUGUCAAGAUAUGCUAGGUGUGUGUGUAAUGGUAAAAACAGGGAAGGGGAAGAAGAAGUUAAGCAUUGCACCAUAGACACGUCAGUACGGAAGAAAGAAGCAUUUGUCAGUGUUUAUGAGUUUUAUUUAGACAAAAGGUGAUAUAAAUCCUCACCAUGUGGAGCUUUCUUCUUCUCUGGUCCUGCAUGGGUAUCGUUGUUGUUGGCGCCUUAGAAAAAGUCAAAGGACACAAAGGAGGGAGACUUAACAUCAGAUGCACAUAUGAAUCUGGAUAUGAAUCAAAUUCAAAGUAUUUGUGUAAAGGCAAGUGUCUGUUUGGAAAUAAAGUCAUCGUGGUUAAAUCAGGAUCUCCAGCUGAAGACCAGAGAUUCUCUCUGAGUGACGACACGACGGCCAGAGUUUUCACCGUCACCAUCACUGACCUGAGACAAGAGGAUGCAGGACAGUACUGGUGUGGAGUGGAGAGGACUUUAAUUGAUGUCUAUUCAGAGAUUCUGGUGCUGGUUAAACGGGAUAUUACAACUGAAGGUCCGACCAUCCGCCUGUGUUUAAUGACAAGCACACGUGUUUCAACCGCUCCUCUGACUCAUCAAACCCUGCAAGCACAGACGUCUCCACCUGACUCAGGUUCAUUUGUCAACAUCAUCGUCAUCACAGCCGGAGGUUUGGUUUUGUUCCUCAUCUGUGCUGUGUUGCUUAUUGUGGCCAUAUGGAAGAAAAAGACGUGUGGUCUGGGUUCCUUCUCCGCUCAAGGGCUUCAUCUGACAUUCAGAAAAGGAGAAGACAAUACUUAUGAGACAGAAACCCCAGCUGUCGUCUCAAACUCACACACAGCUCAGAGUAAUGCCGGCUCUGCUGAAAACACUGUAGCAGUCGACACAGACCUCGACUUCAUGACUGCUGCUGCUGCAGUGAGAAACAGUGUGAAUCCAGAUCAGAUCUGCACAGAACUGACCCCCAGCAGACACAGUCACAUUUAUCAGAGUCUCACCGCUGCUUCUCUUCAAGAAGAGUCCAUCUAUCACACUAUCCAGCAAACAAUGAUGGAAUAAUUUCUUUAGACUUUGGUUGCAUCUGAAUGUUGCAUAAACUUUGAAAAUGAUACAGUAGCCUUUACAGUAGCAGAUAAUAUUCUAAGUCUAAUAAAUGUAAAACGGGUGUAAAUAUGAUCACUUUGUCUGUAAAGAGUGAUGUUCACUAAUUAGAACGUGGCUAAUCAGGACAAUGACAUCAUCACGCCACGGAUUGACUGAUGAAAUCACAAGUAAACCAACCGUCUCAAAGCUUGACUGUGACAUUAAACACAGCACGCAUCUAUUAUGAAAUCAUGAAAUGUUUGCAAAUGGUGCAAUUAGAGAAAUUAUACAGGUAUUUUGCCUGGAAACACACUGAAUGGUCAUCAGUGGAAAUGGAUUUUGCAGCCAGAUGUAGAUACAAGAUGUAUUAGCAGGGUCUAGUUGUUCAAAAGUAAUUGGAUCAAAUUUGGGCUUUCGAAUAGGAUCAAAUCUUGAAAAUGGUUUGUUCAAGAGAAAAAAAAAAAAACGAUAUUCUGAAUCGGAUUUGAUUACAAAAUCCAAUCUUGGCUUUGCUCUGCAUCAAACCGUCAUUAUGUGUUGUUCAAAAUUUUUUAGUAAGAUUAAGAUUCAUUUGAUCCAA